AUGGAUCCCAUCUCUGCGGUGGCCAUCGCCGCGUCACUCUUUUCGUUCUCAACAUCCAGUCUUUUACUAGUUCAGAACUUCGUGAAGAGUGGCGAGACCGUGCGCAGACUGAAUCUCGAAGUUGUGAUCCUACAGCAUAUCUUGCAGGAAUGCGGCGAAACUUUAUCCAAUGUUGAGCCAUUGCCGCAUUCUAUCAGGACCUGUGCUGAAAUUUGCAUUGAGAGACAAAGAGAAUUGUUGUAUAUCCUAGACCGCUUGAUUCACCCAAGACGACAUGAGUGGUUUCGAUAUGCAAGAAUUACGCUGAAAGAACCGGAAUUGAUGGUGACCUACAACUCAUUUCGAGAUUCUGUCCUUCUACUCAGAGAUCUCUCAUCGACCCUCCGGAUGGAUCAGCAGUUCUUACAUAUGAGCCUGGCCAUGGCGCAAAUCAUCUCUGAGAAUGAUGACAAUUCUUUUACUGGAUAUCGCGAUGGCAGCUACGCCCCCAUAGCUGGGCCCAUGACAAAGGCUUUGGAGUUGCCAGAUGAUACCAGACCAGUCAAGCAGCACGUGGAUCGACGAGUCGCCUUCGUGUCAGAGGUUCAAGAGCUCAUCGCAAAUGACUUUACUCGGAGUCUGGUCCUUGUAGUACCAAACGGCGCCGAGAGCUUUCGGUUCGUGACAGUACGCAACAAGAUUGACACAGGCAGCGACGAGAACUUUGUCAAUGCGGAACUACUGCAGAGGCACGAGAUCGACCCCACGACAAUCACAACAAUUCCGGAAGAGACGAGAGAGGAGCGCACACUACAUAUGCUAAACGAUUUCAAAUUCACCCCGACGCAAGAGAUCAGGCUUUCCUGGCAUAAGCCUAAUGACAUGAAGCAGCGGGAGAGCGAUUUUGUAAUUGUCAAGGACGCUCCCUUCGACGUUCUGAUUGGAUCGAAACAGUGGCAGAGCGAGGUGAAGAAGUCGGCUUUCUUCUUGAUUGGGAGACACAAGUCAAAAGCUGAAAAGAAGGAGCAAAAGGAAAAUGCCGAGAAAGAAGAGGAAGACGCAGAAAGACUUCUCAAAGCUCAGCUUGAACAGACAGAGGAGUUAUUAAAAGGCCGGACUCGUGUUAAUUCCGAUAAGUCGGACGAAGGAUCGAAGUCUGGGCGUAAGAAACGGUGCUGA